UGCAGUGUAUCCCUCUUAACCCCAGUACCACUGCUGUUUUAGUCAUGCCUUUAACUCCCCCACUUUCCUAUUAUAUCAGUCAUAAUCCUCAUGACCCAAAGAAGGCAGUUGUAAAACAGGAUUAACCCUUCACCGUCCACACACCUACUGAGUGUGGUCUGAGUCACGUCUUCACUUCGUGUCCAGUUGAACGAGUGAUGUUGCUUUAUUUCCAGGCAAAGGGAGAGGUGUUUUAAUGUCUGUCAGCAUAUUGCUUCACUGCAGGGAGUCUGCAGCCCGUCAGGCAGUAUAUAUAUAUGUGUGUGUGUGUGUGUGUGUGUGUGUGUGUGUGUGUGUGUGUGUGCUGUCCAUGUGGACAAGUUGUGUAAGCUUAUUAGCUACACCACUGGUCAGAGGAGGAGAUUGGGGUUAGUCUAAGCCUUAAUCCUGGUGGACCUUAUGCCUGUUAUACAGGGAGCACGACAAAAUCCUGGCCCCGCCCCCCCCUCCAGGACAAUCACCACACAGACACGCGUGUCACAACAACACACUUCUUCCCCCUGCUCUCUUGUUUACCACUCUCAACUCUUCCUCUCUUGUCCGUCUACCAGCAGGAAAGGGGGAGGGAGGAAGAGGAGCAAACGGUGCGCACUGUUGAGUAGUUUCCCAGUCGCCAUGACGACCUCACACCCCUCCAUCCUCAGAGCUGUCUCCUCGUUGCCUCGGUGACCUGAUCCCGUUCUGUCUCCGUCUGUGAUCCGGAUUGGGCCGACAAGGGAGAGCAAUCCGGGAGCGGGCGUCUUGUUUUUUUUUUUUUUUUUUCUCUAAGCAGAAAAACUAGAUAACUAAUAAAUCCUGCGGACGGGACAGGAGGAUUCACAUGGGGGCAGCCGACGUGAUGGGAAUGCGGCGGGAGUAGCACCGCAGCGUUGCUCGGAAACAGCAGCAUGCCGGUACAGCAGAUAACUGUGGUCCCGGCGAGAGAGACGGCCGGCAACGGGAAGAGCGCUCCUCGCUCCAGAGACAAGAACGAGGGGAAGAAAGCACCUGGGCGCUCAGGCAGUCGAUCCAGCAACAUCUCCAAGGCCAGCAAUGCAGCUUCAAGGGCAUCGAUAACGCCGUCUGCUCAGGACAUAUGCAGCUCUGCCCAAGUGACGCGCUUAGAUGAUAUCCCCGAGUCACACAAGCCCAACAAGCACAGACAAAAUCCCUCUGCCAUGACGGUCACCGGCACCGCCCUGAGCUCCACGGCUCAGGUCAAGAAGAAGCAGGUGAAGAGACGCCACCGCCGCAAGCGGAGCAGCUGCUCCACCUUGGACUGCUUAGAUCAAAUCGCCAAACGGGAGCAGAGCGACCGCAGUCCCAGCCCUGACCGGAGCGAGCUGGGCGAGAAGAGGGAGCGCUCCUUCAGGAACCGCAAGGAGCUUCCUCCUCGCCUUCGGUGCUCAGGCGCUCCCGAGUCUGACUCUUCCUCUGAAGACGAGGCCUGCCGCGAAACCCGCAGCUGGAGCAAGGAGAAAGCCCGACGGGCGCGCCGCCGCAGCGUGAGCAGCCGGGAGAGGGAUGCGACAGGCAACGGGCGCAGGGGAGCAGGGGACGACAACUUGGAGAUAAUGGAGCUGCAGUCAGUAGAAUCGGAUGAAGGGAAGGAGAACCAGCCUCUGGUGGAGGACGGUGGCGGUCUGAAGAAGCGACACGGCAACAGGGGGUCCGUGAAGAGCCACUCCUCACAGGCCGAGAGGUCCCGAAGCAGAGAGAGGGACAAGAAGGGCUACAAGUCUCGGAGCUCGAAGGGGAGCUCCUCGUUGCCAGAGGAUGGCGAGGAGCUCAUCACCAAGAGGUACCAGGAGAGGGGAUCAGGAGAUGGAGACAUGUCAGUGCCCAUCCCGCAGAACCACUGCGAGGCUAAUGGGGGCACAGCGGGACCCUGUUCAGACGACUCUGAGCUGGAGGUCUGCAGGAUCUGCCACUGCGAGGGGGACGACGACUGCCCGCUGAUCACGCCGUGCUGCUGCACAGGGAGCCUGAGCUUCGUCCACCAGACCUGUCUCAACCAGUGGAUCAAGUCCUCCGACACGCGCUGCUGUGAACUCUGCAAGUUCGACUUCAUCAUGGAGACAAAGCUCAAACCUCUGAGCAAGUGGGAGAAGCUGCACAUGUCGAAGAGCGAGAAGAGAAAGAUCUUCUGCUCGGUUUUGUUUCACCUGAUAGCGAUAGUGUGCAUGUUGUGGUCCGUCUACAUUCUGGUCAGGAGAACCACGGAUGAGAUCCGGCUGGGGAAGAACGACGAGUUACGGAGAUUUUCUCUUCUGAAGUACUAUUCGGCUCAGGGGGUGCUGGAGUGGCCCUUCUGGACCAAGCUGAUCGUGGUGGCCAUCGGCUUUACAGGCGGCCUCAUCUUCAUGUACAUCCAGAGCAAAGUCUACCUGCAGCUGUGGCGCCGCCUCAAGGCAUUCAACCGCAUCAUCACGGUGCAGAACUGCCCGGAGAAGAACCUGCACAACCCUCAGGCCCGGCACAGCGCCCUCGCCAACGGCAGGCACGAAGCGGUGGAGGUCCCGGUCGCUCCGGCUCCGGACAUGGACUCCGACAUGUCGGUGGAGGCCGCGGUGGCGCCGGAUCAAAACCCCGUCUGACCGCCUCUCCUGCGUGCCGAAUCAUGCCCUGCUCAGUUUCAGCGGCAGAGCCAGGUUUGAGCGAGGCACGAUUCUGACUCCUGCAGCGGUUUGACUUCCUACUCGGCUGCAGCGAUGCAGCAGAUGAAGCCAACAGCAGCGAUCUAAAGCUGUCAUGAGCGCAGGCGAGACUGAAGAUAACCGGAGGACACGAGUCAAUGGUGUGCUGAUGCCAUUUUAUAGUAUGCACUUUCUAAACCUGCACUAAUAUAAAUUACAUAGAUUACUCCUGAGGAUGCUUUCAGUCAAAGGUCUCAGUGUGCUUCAAACGAGCCUAAAGUAACUUAAAACUCCUUUACCGCUGGGAAAUAUUUCACGUUCUGGCAUCACAGCCACAAACCUUAAUAAUAUUAAUGGGAUUUUAUGUGAUAGACAAACACAAAAUCAUGCGAAAUUGUGAAGUGGAUGAAUAAAGGUUAGCUCCCUUUAAUCUAAUACCACAAAAUACAAUCCAGUGCAUAGUUAGUAUAGUUCAUCUUUGUGUAGUUUAUUCAGUACGAACACAGGUGUUCGAGAACAUUUCAGCAUCACGAAGAUCAGGAAACACAGCAGACAGCUCAGGGAGAAGGUUUUGCACUUCACAAAUCUGGCAUUUAUUUGAAGCGUGGCAAGAAUAAAGCUGUUUGCCAUAAACUGUGCAGAAGGCUGGUCAUAUGAGACCAACAUUCAGCUUUUUGGCCAACAUGUAAGAGUGUUUUGCUGAACUCAUUCAACCACCAGGAAACAUGUAGAGCUACACAAUCCUGGUGGAACUGUUAGAAAAAAACCUUUAGACGGAGGCGGGGGCUGGUCUUCCAGCAGGACACUAAACCUACAGUGAAGGAUACAACCAACCUAAAACUAUCCAGCUGUGGCGAGACCUAGAAAUCCUUGUUUACAGACCCUGUCCAUUCAGUCUGGCUGAGCUUUAGGUAUUUUGCAAAGAUCAAGUUAAAAUUUUGGUCUUUUGCUGGAAGAAAUAUUCCCCAAAACACCAGCAGUAGACACUACACUUUUUAUUUUAUCUUAUUCUGUUUUUAUCUGGGGCACUAUUGACCUCCAUUUGAAAGGCGACUGACAGGAAACAGGGUUGAGAGCAAGAGUGAAAACACACAGGAAGGGUCUAAGGUGCCAGGAGUUGAGGCUCUGAGCUGAAGCACGCUGAGGCCUUCAAACAAUCCAGGACAAUCAGGUCUGCAGACACCAAAGAUGUGUAGUUCAUGUAGAUAUCUAAUCUUUAGUCCUGUCUUAAUCUAAAUAUGUGACCCUUGAAAAGUAAUUUCCCUCUGGGAUUAUUAAAGUAUGUCUGAUUCUGAUCUCAUUAGGGCAGCUUUUGUUAUUUUUCAGUUUGUGGUUCUUACUCUGCAGGUCAGUAAUUUAAAUGUUAAUUUAUUAGAGAUUUUACAGUUGCCAUCUGUUCAUGUUUUACAUUAGAUUACAGAUUUAUUUAUCUCAACCAUAAAAAGGGAGUGUUGUUUAUUUUUGUCCAAUUUUCUACAGGUGUGAUUUCCAGUGUCACAGUUCAGCCACAGAACGUACUUUAAAAUGUCUUAAACCCACAAAUGUCUGUAAGUCCUUUCAUAGCUCUGAUUGGAAACGCUGCGGGUUACAA